GAGCAUAGAACAUAUCGCAGAUUUCAUUGCCUGAGAGAUAAAAUGGAUAAAAAGCAAAUAGCCAUCGUAGGGGCCGGAAUUUCUGGCCUCCUUGCAUGCAAAUACUGUCUCUCCAAAGGCUUCAACCCCAUUGUCUUUGAGUCGGAAUCCGACAUUGGUGGCGUAUGGGCUAAAACCAUCAAAACCACCAGGCUCCAGUCGGCAAAACCUUUGUAUCAGUUUUCCGACUUCCCAUGGCCGUCUUCCGUCACCGAUAUCUUCCCUACCCAACAACAGACUCUAGACUACCUCCGGUCCUACGCCACCCACUUUGAUCUCAUACCCCACAUCAAAUUCCAUUCCCGAGUCAACGGAAUCAGCUUUAACGGACCAAUAUCAUCCGACCCAUGGUCGCUAUGGAACGGAAUCAGAGAACCAUUUCUACCGGAAGGCAAGUGGAAUGUCACCGUACACGACACCGGAAAUGACUCCAUCCAGGUUUACACCGUGGAUUUCGUGAUUCUCUGUUUGGGAAGAUUCAAAGAUGUUCCAAAUAUACCCGAAUUCGCUGCCGGGAAAGGCCCUAAAGUUUUCCAGGGACAUGCAAUACAUUCCAUGGAUUAUGCCGCCAUGGAUCACGACAAAGCUGCAGAUUUCGUGAGAGGGAAGAGGGUCGUUGUCGUGGGGUUCGGGAAAACAGGACUCGAUAUUGCAAGAGAGUGCUCUUCGAUCAACGGCCCAGAGCAUCCGUGUACUCUAGUAUACCGGCGUGAUCACUGGAAGCUCCCGGAUUGGUCUCCAUGGGGAAUCCCGUUGACGCAUUUAUACUUGAAUCGUUUCUCGGAGCUUUUGGUUCAUAAGCCAGGCGAAGGCUUUCUUCUUAGUCUCGUCGCUACUUUACUUUCACCUCUACGUUGGGGGGUCUCGAAACUUGUCGAAAGCCACAUCAAAAAGAAGCUUCCCCUUGCCAAGUACAACAUGGUGCCACAAGAAAGCUUCUCGAAAGAAGCCCGCUCAAGUUUGAUCAUCUAUUUGCCAGAUUCAGAUGACUUCUUCAAUGCAAUUGAGAAAGGAAGCAUCAAACUAAAGAAAACUCCAAGGUUUAGCUUUUACGACAAUGGCAUCGUGAUUGAAAAGGACAACACACAUAUAGAAGCUGACAUUGUUAUAUUCGCUACUGGAUUCAAAGGGGUAGAAAAGCUCAAAGACAUUUUUGAAUCACCAACAUUUCGUCACUUCAUUGUGGAUUCACCACGAGUCCCUCUAUACAGGGAAUGCAUUCAUCCGCGUAUACCACAACUAGCGGUUAUUGGAUUUUCCGAUAGUCUUUCGAAUAUUUAUACCUCAGAAAUGAGGUCUAAAUGGGUGGCUGCGCUUCUUGAAGGUGCAUUCAAGCCACCGAGUGUUGAUGAGAUGCAGAAGGAUAUUGAGGGAUGGGAUGAAUAUAUGAAGGAAUCAGCUGGGGAAUACCAUUAUCGAUCUUCGAUUGCUGCUUUAGAGAUAUGGUACAAUGAUCAACUGUGCAAAGACAUGGGUAUGAAUCCUCUGAGAAAGAAUGGGCUCUUGGCUAACCUUUUUGAACCUCAUGGUCCCAUGGACUACGCCUAAUGAUUAAUGAUGAAGGAUGGAGUUAGGAUAUUAGAAUAAAGGAAGACUUAGAUUAUAAUCAUUAAGUUGUAUACUGUUAUUUACAGUAUUAUUAUUGUCCCUAAUUUUUAACGCUUUUCUAUUGAAAGCAGAACCGACUUUUAGUUUUUGAA